GAGGUAUCAGCGCUGUGUGAAGCGGACGGAUCUAAGAUUCCUGGACAACUUGUAAGGACGGGACGCGGACGGCAACACGGGGAUGUUAUGAAGAGACGGGGCCCAAAUUACAUUGGAUGAGAGCCAGCUGUGGCAGGUGAACCACACCCUGUACCAUGGGGCCUGUACUAUGAAGUAACAUCAACCUACCCUGUGUCCUGUUAUCUGUCUUCACUAUACUUAACAACAGCAAUCACACUGAGUGGUGUCACAGCGUUCUUUAUCAACUUGAGACUGCAAAGUCUGCCACAGUACGAUCUUUUCUACGUCUGUUUCUCUGUGAUGUUUGCGUUCUCCUAUUUUUGCUUCUCUACAAGUUCCAGAUGCUGUCAGAAAGAGUUGAAAGUCGUCCUGUGAGCUGCGAUGGGACACAGUAAGGGCAUGGACAUGAUGAGAAAUCUCUUCCAUUCUGCUUUUUAAUCACAAUAGCAGCACUAGACUACAGAGAAGUCUUGAAAUUAAUGUCAGCUGCGUUGCGGAGGCAGCCUCCCGCUGCGCUGCAAGCUCUAACAACCCAUGGAGGCGUGGCUUCAACAUUUCCAACCCUGUUGCCACUGGUAAUACCAGCCAAGUGAACAGAGAUGCCUUCUAAGGUUUCCUGCUUAUACUUGCUGACAGUGGUAUGCUGGGCCAGCGCUUUGUGGUACCUGAGUGUUUCCCGCCCCUCUACUUCCUACGUGGGCCAGGUGAACAUCCCAAUACGCAAUACACUCAAGGUGAACAAGAACUCCACAUUCAGCAACAUCCGCACGCGCUCUGUCAACCCACACGACUUUGGCUACCUCAUUAACGAGGACAAGAAGUGUGAGUCGGAGCCCCCGUUCCUUGUCAUCCUCAUCAGCACCACUCACAAGGAAUUUGAUGCCCGUCAAGCCAUCAGAGAGACAUGGGGGGAUGAGAGCACGUUUCAGGAUGUGCGCGUGGUCACGCUCUUCCUGUUAGGCCGAAGCACUGAUGUCGUCCUCAACCAGAUGGUGGAGCAGGAAAGUCAGAUCUUUCAUGACAUUAUAGUGGAGGAUUUUAUUGACUCAUACCACAACCUGACGCUCAAGACUCUUAUGGGCAUGCGCUGGGUGGCCACCUUCUGCUCUAAAGCUCAAUAUGUCCUCAAGACAGACAGUGACAUCUUUGUCAACAUGGAGAACCUCAUCUUUAGCCUCCUGAAGCCUACCACAAAGCCCCGAAGGAGGUACUUCACUGGUUAUGUCAUCAACGGUGGGCCAAUCAGAGACAUGCGCAGCAAGUGGUACAUGCCCAGGGAUCUGUACCCAGAGAGCAAGUACCCCCCGUUCUGCUCUGGCACCGGCUACGUUUUUUCAGCAGACGUGGCUGAACUCAUCUACAAAACCUCCUUACACACCAGGCUGCUGCACUUGGAGGACGUGUACGUUGGUGUGUGCCUCCGGAAGUUAGGAAUUCACCCUUUCCAGAACAGUGGCUUCAACCACUGGAAGAUGGCCUACAGCCUCUGUCGCUACCGCAGGGUGGUCACCGUCCACCAGAUCUCCCCUGAGGAGAUGCACCGCAUCUGGAACGACAUGACCAGCAAGAAACACCUGAAAUGUUAGCAGGACUGUUGGCACCAGUACAGAGUCAGUGUGGCAUUGAAUCCCCUCUUACCACUUGUUUCUCUGUUACUGGUACUGUUACUAUUGGCUAAUACUGAAUAUCAACAAUGAAGCUGUCAGUUCUUUAACCAUGAAGCUCUACAGUGCGAGGCCAAAGCAAACCCCUCUGUAUUAUCCUGCCUGCUGUCACUCCAAGUUGUUUGAGUGCUCAUACAUUAGGCACAAACUUGGGAAAAUGCUUUCCAGAAAUGUGCAAAACAAUCAGGUGGUUGGCUGUGAUUGCCAGAGUGAUUUUUAUAAGACAUUGCAAAUCACGAAGCUGAGUGGUUUGUGUUAAACUCCUCAUUUACACGAGACUCAAACUGUCCCAAAAUUGCCAACUGCAGAUGGAAUAAAUGCUGACAUGCUUGUCUGGACCCGGACCCUCUCUUCUUGGGUUCAUUGCAGGCUCUAAUUAUGAAUGUUCCUCUUGUAUUUUCAGCUGUUGUGCACUUCUGAAUAAGGUGUUAACGUUUGGAUGUACUGUCUGGCACUGCAGCAGCCACGUCAUCGUGAGGACCUCGAUGAGUUUACAGUGUGAUGACUCAUUUAGAUCAUAUUGCUCUCCCUCUAGCAAAGCAGAUUAGGGGAAUUAAUGAUCAGAGUGUGUAGUGCUCUUUACAGAAUUAGACAUAUUUUCUUACAAGAGACCAACAGAUCUUAUUGUACAAUGAGGAAAGAUAAAGCAACUAUACAGAGAGAAGAUAUGGGCUGCUUGCAUUCCCAAGUGAAUGUUACUUCUGUUGAUGUGUAAUGUGCAGUUAUUUGUCUCUGACAGUACUGGCAGGAGGCUGCAGAUCAUUCUAUUUUCUAUUACUUGAACAUGAAGGAGAGCAGAUGUACUAUAGAAGCAGCAGAAGUGUAUAUUGAGAACAAAUAUUGCAUUUUUGAUUGCUUUCUUCUUUUCCAUUACUUGAGAUUAA